AAAUAGUGAACGCAUUGAUUUUUAACAGUUAAAAAUGAUGAGUGAAAUUCGUAUUCAUUUCCGACAUCUAAUGUUAUAUGAAUCUCGAAAAGGAAGUUCGGUAAUAAUUGCGACAAACAAUAUAUGUACUGCUCUUUCAUCUCGUAACUGUAGAAAAUGGUUUACACGUUUUAAAGAUGAGAAUUUUUGUUUAGAAGAUGAGGAACGUUCUCAGACACAGAAAGACAAAAUUCAAGAUCUUGUAGAGAAAUCACUUAAUUUAUCAGUUCAUGAGAUGUCAAAUAUUCUAGAAAUACCAAAAACAACAAUUCAUGCACAUUUAAAGACAUUAACAUAUGGAACCGUUCAAAAAACGGCACGAACUUAUGGGAUGACCUAACAUAUAUAUUUUUUUUUUUCCAUAUGAAUCUAUAUCUACAGCAGUAAAUUGAUAAUUUGCAUCUACUAAUGCCAAAAGACUUUUUAUAAUUGACUAUCAGAUUGGGAGCGGCUCGAAAGUGACAUAGCAGUGUGGGUACGGUAAGAUUUUACCGGACCGAGACAGACCGGGACCGAACCGAAUAGUGUGGAUCUAGUCGUACGGUAAGAUUUUACAGGACCGGGACCGAA